CCCACAACUCUCCGGGAGCUUAAGGAUAAUGAUGUUGUGGGACCGUGCUCUGUAGUUCAGAGCUGUGUUAGGAGUAGGUGAAUUGUGGUGUUCCUGCGCUGGCAUUAAAAUGCCCACAACAGCACUUCUCAUGACCUUACUCAUUCUUUCAGAAGUUACAGGAAUUCCCUGCGGAAAUAUGUUGGCUGCCCCGAGCAAUGUGCAUUUUUUGUCAAUCAAUCUGCAGAACAUUGUGCACUGGAAGCUGGCUGGAGAGAAAGGAUGCAGGAUAUUGUCCACCGUGCAGUAUAAAGUGUAUGGAGAAAAAAAUUGGAAGAACAAAAAGGAAUGCCAGAACGUCACCAGAACACACUGUGACCUUUCAAAUGAGACAGCUGAUUAUGAAGAAUACUACUAUGCCAGAGUAAGGGCUGUUUCAAGUGCAGGUUUUUCAGAUUGGAAUAAAAGUGGAAGAUUCAACCCUAAGGUGGAAACAAACAUCAGUUCUCCAAAAAUAACAGUAGAAACUGGGGUCGGCUCCAUCAACAUUACACUGACUGCUCCCAAAAAAUGGAUGACCAACAAUGAGGCUCGAGCUAUUUCACUGGCAAAAGCUUUCCCUGACUUAAAAUACAAAUUAUCUGUUAUUAAUAGAAAGACGAACAAGUCGCUCAUUUUCCUAGAAGAUGGUAAAUUUAAAAAAGUGGACGCUCUGGAGCACAAUACCACAUAUUGUGUGACUGCACAAUCAGUGGAAUAUUCCUUUUACAGAAUAAGUGAACCAUCUGAACUUGUUUGUGCAACAACACCAAAAGAUCCUACAAAACAAUUGAUCAAAAUGAUCCUGCUUGGAUGUGUUCUGCCAGUCUUUGUUUUCAUUUUUUUGUUCGCUUUGAUGGGCUAUUUCACGUACAAAUAUGUGUGCAUCAGUGAUCAGAAGCAACCUCUCAAUUUGCUACUACAGUAUCGCCCGUCAAAGAAGACAUUUAUAUUUAUUCCAUCUGAACCUUUGAAGAUUAAUAUUAUGGUUUUUGAAAAUGGAAGCAAUAAAGCCUUGUCGCACAGUUGUAUGGAUCCUGACGAUUGUGAAACCUCUUUAACCUCCCAAUUUGGCAGCAAAUCUGCCAAUAAAUGGAGCGUCACACUGUUAUCAAAAGACAGCAGUAAAAUUGUAUACAAGUCUCAGACAGUGGAAAAUCCAACAACAGAAGAGUGUGCAAGUAGCAGACAGAAUGUGGUCCAGGCUGCCAGUCAACCCCAGCAAACUGAUCACACACCUCAAUCCCAACCUUCAAAUGGAAAAGAGGCACAGAAUGAAGUUCAGUAUGGAAUCACUGUCAUGGAGAACAUCAGUCAGCUGCAACAGCAGCAAGACAUCCAGUUGCCAAGUAAGGCAUGUACGGAACUGCAACAAGCUGGGUACAGAUCACAACUGCCACUAUGGCCUCUGAUCAGAAAGGUUGCACAGCACAACGUUGAAUAUAGUUUCAUUGGGACAGAUGCAGUUCAUAGUCCACAACAUGAACAAAUACUCCACAGACGAAAUGGGGAGGUUGAAGAGCCACAACAGACUGGUUACAUAUCACGAACACUUGCAAGUGGUAUGAACACACAAACCAUAGGGAGUACUGCCAAUUACACCAGAAUUGGAUCAUAUGGAACUAUUGAUCCACAACAAGAAAGCUUUUACCUGCCAAAAAUGCUCCAGAAACUAGAACAGAGUAAUUACAAGUCACAAUUUCAACCACAAUCACUAACUGGAAUGGCUCCACAGGAUGGUGUUGACCAUUGUCCUGUUGUAAUGGUUAGUAGUUCACACUUAUUGAAUGAAAAACACCAUGAUGAGGUCAAGGAGCCAUAUGCAAAAAUAUUAGAUUGGGACAUCAAUACAGGCAGGCUGACCAUACCUGCAGUCAGUAUCAAGGCAGAUUCAGAGAACAGUGAUUCUCUGUUACAAACUGUAGACUCAGGAAUUGGCCUCUUCUCUUCACUAUAUACAAAGGACCUUCCUGAGGAAACAAUGACUGAAGAAGAUACCUACAUAUCACAGUUCCGAAAACACUGGAGACUGCAUGUACAAAUCUAGCCAGCAGUAAUCAUGCAUCUCUGGAAGCAUGUGACAUGUGCAUUUUCUUUACGGUGUGCUACCCAUCUGCUUCUCCUGUUUUUUCUGUUGCUCUCAUGUAGCUUCGCUGGCUCAGAAAUUAGCCAGGCAGCUGGUCCACGGCCUCAUCCUAAGCCUCCCUUUGACUAGCGUGAAGAUAGAACACCACAGCUGACAUCAGAAUUCGGCAAGCUGGAGGUUCAGCUUACCACGCUGUUAAAGGGUUUCUUCCUUUAAGACCCCCCUUAAAACCUACCACUCAUACAAAGCCUUUGAUCAUCUACUCUAUAUCUCCUUGUGGUUUCUGAAUCAAAUUUUGUUCUAUAUCGCUCCUGUGAAGUGCCUUAAGAUGUUUUACUAUGUUAAAGAUGCUAUAUAAAUACAAGUUGUUGUUGAUGACAAGGAAGGUGCAAUGUAAAUUGUCAGAAUGUGUUUGCCAUUAGACUAUCGAAGUUAUUACAACUUUUUAUAAAGUUCAUACAUUUAUGGGUUUGUUUGCAUAUUCAUAAAAUAGAUUUUAGAUACACAGGCCCAAUUUUCCCCCAAUAUUUCUAACCUAACAAGAACCCAAGGUGCAUCGCAAAUUUGUUCAGUCAUUAACCCUUUCCUUUAUACCUAAAUAGCAGCUUUGGCAUUGCAGUGAACUGGAUACUUAAUUGUUACCAGAUAUGUAGUAACUGCAACACUUACCCCCACAAGCACACACGUGCAUACACACACACACACACACACACAAUAUAAAGCAACAAAACCGCAAUCCAGCGCAAAGUAAGACUUCAAGUAGCAAGUAAGGAUGAUUGUCAAUACCAAGCUGACGCUAAAAUGGAGUCCUGCAAGCAGCCCAUGCACAUCACAAAGCCAAGCAGUUCACUGGAACAGGAAGAAGGCAAAGUAGAAAGUCAGCCCAUCUAGUAUCCAAUUAGUAUUAAGGACAUAAAGAACUAAGGAAGCAGGAAAAAUUAUUUCUAAAGUAGGAAGGGAAUUCCAUAGCCAACAAAUGGAGACAAAUUUGGUGCAGUGGUUUGGCACAUUGCUCUUUUGCCUCUGGGACUUAGAUUCCAAUCCAAAACUGAAUUUCAUGAAUCUCGGUUGCCUUUGUUGACAAUAAUGGUUAGGAUCAUUUCCACUGAGACUGUUGUGGCACAAGUCCACAAUACAAAACUGUCUGUUACUUGAUUACCUCACUCAGAAAAUUUCCACACUGAUGACAAUACAAACUGCUAUUCUAAACAUUUAAGGCGUGUUGUUGAGUGAUAUGCAGGAAAAUGUGUCUGACUGAUCUAUAUCUGCUGGUCACUGCUCAGUGCUGGGAGUGGGUGGCAUAAAUAUUUUUAAAAUGC